UCGAUUUUUCCCUAAUACAAACAAAGUUUUCAGUGUUCAACGAAAGGAAAUUUGGAAGCGAAAUUCUUUUAUUUUGUUAAAUGACUCUUUGUUUCAAUUUCAAUGCCACAAUUUCUAACAUACCAAACGACGCAACUAUCGCUGCAUAUUUAAGAACGUACCAAACACACCAAAGAAGUUAAUGCAAAACAGAAGGGAAAUCUUAAUCGUAUAACAAACCACCACUUCUAUACAUACAUAUAUACAUACAACAUACUGACUGACUGCCCAAGGACCCUCAGUGGCCAAGAUACGACAAGUUUUUGGAAAGAAAGGAUUAUUCAAGGAAAAUUCAAUAUGAGUUCGAUUUCAAAUGUGGAGAACCUAUCACCGCAAACCAUCAGACAGGUUAUGAAGGAAAUGCAAAGUAUGGUGGAAAAUCCCCUGGAGGGUAUUAAGAUACAAAUUAAUGACACCGACGUUACUGAUAUUCAAGCUCUAAUAGAAGGACCUGCCGGAACACCCUACGCCGGUGGAAUGUUUCGUGUGAAACUAACAUUGGGCAAAGAUUUUCCUCAAUCUCCACCAAAAGCCUUUUUCAUCACAAAGAUCUUCCAUCCGAAUGUUGCCGCUAAUGGAGAGAUAUGCGUUAAUACCCUGAAAAAGGAUUGGAAACCUGAUUUGGGCAUCAAACACAUCCUACUCACAAUAAAAUGCCUUUUAAUUGUUCCAAAUGCUGAAUCGGCCCUCAAUGAAGAAGCUGGCAAAUUACUUCUCGAACGUUACGAUGACUAUUCACAACGGGCAAAAAUGAUGACUGAAAUCCACGCUCAGAUAGCCAAAACAACCGAUUCGAAAGAUGACGAUGGUCCUAGCUCUAAGAAACACGCGGUGGACAAGAAAUUGCAGGACAAAAAGAAGGAAAAACUCAUCAAAGAGAAGAAGCGCAUGCUUAAACGAUUAUGAGUUUCUUUCAUUCCCACAAUGUCAAAUUCAAUACGAAAGUAACUAAAGCAGUGCGCGCUGUCAUUGAAACCUUUGGUGUGCGUUGUGUUUUCUUUUCUCUAAUACUUUAAACAAUUUUGUUUGACAUAUUGCACAUCUUCGCACUACACCGAACUGGAAGGGAGUUCAUAUUUUUAUCAGUGUAUGCGAUUCAUUAAUUUUCCAGUCCGUUCUUUUGUUCACCCAUUCACAUGUAGUAGUGACAUCUAAAAUUUUAUAAUGCUUUUAGUUUUUCUCUCUCUCUCUCUCUCUCUCUCUCUUUUCUAUUAUUUUGAAUCAACAACACAUCAUUUAAUUUUAGAGUUUUCAUGUUAGUUUUACGUCUACACUCAAAUAAAGAUAAUUUUAAAUUUAUUCUAA